AUGUCCUCUACUACGACUACCACCGUGGCGCCUUCGAAAGCCAAUAUUGGCGUGUAUACCAAUCCAGCUCACGAUCUAUGGGUUGGCGAAGCUACACCCAGCAAAGAGGAGGUUGACAAAGGAGAGAGCUUAAAGCCAGGCGAGAUCACAGUCGCGAUCAAGAGUACUGGGAUCUGCGGUUCUGAUGUACACUUCUGGCACGCAGGCCGUAUAGGCCCAAUGAUAGUGGAAGAUACCCACAUCCUCGGUCACGAAUCCGCUGGUAUCGUCGUUGCUAAGCACCCUUCUGUCAAAACCCAUGAGAUCGGCGAGCGCGUGGCAGUCGAGCCCAACAUCAUCUGCAACGAAUGCGAGCCAUGCUUGACUGGUCGCUACAAUGGCUGCGAAAGCGUACUCUUCCGAUCCACCCCUCCAGUCCCGGGCCUGCUCAGGCGGUACGUCAACCAUCCUGCAGUAUGGUGCCAUAAGAUUGGUGAUAUGAGCUUUGAAGAUGGUGCUCUGCUUGAACCGCUCUCUGUAGCAUUGGCAGGCAUGCAAAGAGCGAAUAUUACAUUGGGUGAUAGUGUGCUGGUCUGUGGUGCUGGACCCAUUGGUUUGGUCACUCUAGCGUGCGUCAAGGCUGCAGGUGCCGAGCCAAUUGUGAUCACCGACAUCGACGAGGGCCGUCUGAAGUUUGCGAAAGAGUUCUGCCCAAGUGUACGGACGCACAAGGUCGACUUCAGCCACACACCAGAAGAUUUCGCAAAAGAGGUGGUCAAGAAGGCAGAUGGCGUGGAGCCAGCGAUCGUGAUGGAGUGCACAGGUGUGGAGUCUUCUAUCUCUGGUGCGAUUCACGCUGCGAAAUUCGGGGGCAAGGUUUUCGUCAUUGGUGUCGGAAGGCCCGAGAUCAAGCUUCCAUUUAUGCGCCUGAGCACGCGCGAGGUCGACUUGCAAUUCCAGUACAGAUACGCCAACACUUGGCCUCGAGCAAUCAGGCUGCUUAAGGGUGGCGUGAUUGAUCUCAGCAAGCUGGUGACGCACCGCUUCAAGCUUGAGGAGGCCGUGGAAGCGUUCAAAGUUGCAGCAGAUGCUAAGCAAGGAGGAAUCAAGGUCAUGAUUCAGAGUAUGGAGGAUGGCGAGAAGUAG